CUACUGUUGCGGCGUGUGGAUUACUGAUGGGAAAUGUCUGACAGAGUCAAACCUCUGACCUCUUUCUUCAUUGAGGAUAUUCUAUCCAUCAAGGAUGGAGGGAGAGCCAAAUGCAGCUGCUCACCUGGGACGGACAGAUGGGAGGAGGAGUCAGAGAAGCUGUCCGAGUCUGGCACUGAAGAGCCAACAGAGUCCCCGCACCCGUCCACCACCGAGUCCAACUCUAUCACCUCACCGGAGAAACAGAAGCGCUCCAGAGCCGCGUUCACGCACCUGCAAGUGCUCGAACUGGAGAAGAAAUUUAACCACCAGAAGUACCUGUCUGCCCCAGAGAGGGCUCACCUGGCCAGAACUCUGAGGCUGACCGAAACCCAGGUGAAAAUCUGGUUCCAGAACCGCAGGUACAAAACCAAGAGGAGGCAGCAAGCGUCGGAGUUGAGCAAGGACAUGUACAAGGCAGAGAGUCUGGACCACAGAGACAAUCUGAUCCGCUCAUCGUUGCUCAGCUCUUUCUGUAAAGUCUAUCAGCACCGACCAUACAUGUGGGACUAUAGCGCCCCCUGGGGAACGACGCUUUGGUGACUGCCAUCUCUUCUUAGUGACUUUGAAGCGAAAUAUCACAAUUUAUUUCACCUUUUUUUUUUAUCAAAAUGAGUGUGACUGUAUCAAAAUUCAUCCCAUAUAAGGUAUACUUCUUUAUUAAAUUAAUAUGAAAAUAUUUGUGCAAAAGGGGUUGUAUAUUUUUGCAAUUGCUUGGAAAGUAGAGAAGUAAAGAAGAGGGGAACAGAGGUUUCCACGGCGACUCUUGAAGGUUGAUUUAAAACAAGAUAAGAGAUACUAAGCUUUUUACACUGUGACUGUAUGACAUAUUUGUCAAUGUCGGUUUGGACUAUCAUGCAUUUUAGACUUAGACUUAGAGACUUAGACUUGACUUUAUUGAUCCCUUUGGGAUGACUCCCUCCAGGAAAUUUACGUUUCCAGUAACAAUAGAGGCAAGAAAGGGCAUGCAGUUAGGAAGAGCAUCACACAGAGAAUAAAAAAGAAAUACAAAUGAAAUAAAAAUAAUAAUACUAAUAACCUGGAAGUAAAAAUACAAUUGAAAAUAAAAUAAGAUUAAAUAUAUAUAUAUAUAUAUAUAUAAUAAAAAAAUAUAAAAAUAAAAAGGUUAAAAAUUAAACUAGAUUAAAAAGGGUUAUUGCACCGCAGGGAUGGUUAUUGCACACAGAAACAGAAGAUCAGGAUGAGGAUCAGGAAGGACAAACUCAUGAGGCCUCAGAUUGAAGACACUACCAGAAUGGAGAAAAAUCAAUGUGUACAUGACCAACCUAAGUGAAAAGGCAGUGGCUGGAACGUGGAUUUAUAAUUGGAUCAAAGGGUGAACUACUCCACACAUAGUGGAAAAUGUCAUUCUUGUCUUAAAGAAUAAUUCAUUUACAUUACAGUUACUAAGAUGUUUGAAGAGACAUGUACUAUCAUAGGGACUAAAGAAAGAAUAGACAUGACUUGGAAAAAAUAAGUUUUUUCUUCACUCAAAUAUAUGAAAUAUAUAAUUAUUGUCUGCAAUAUGCUUCAUUCACAGCGGUUCAACGAUGCUAUCGUGUAUAUUUUGUCUUUAAAUUUCAACAGCUUCUUUAUAUAAAUAAAAAAUGCCUGUUUAAUCUGUUUAAUUUCUUUUUUUUCUGCAGCUUUAAUUUAUUUUGAGUGACUCAGAUGGUUGAAUCAAAUGUCUCACAGGUGAAAUAUUUGUUUGAUAGUUUUAUGCGGUUUUUCCCCCAAGAUAGACAAUGAGAGCAGUGGAAGAAUAAAAGGUUUGGAACUAGGUCAGAAUGACAAAAAUGCCGAUGACCUCAUGAUAACGCUUGAUAGUGAAGGAUUGUGAAGAAUGAACAAAUGAAAGAGCAGAUUUAAUGUGGCAGA